AAGUUGAACUUGGAGAUAAAAAUAUGUUUGCUCAUUUGUGAGAAGAAAACGCAGUGUCCUGGUUUUGAUGUUUUGAUGUUUGAAUUCUGUGGAGUCUAGAGCAUCGAUAUUUGCGGCGAUGGGAAGACAAAGUCCUGGAAAAUGGAUCAGAAACUUAUUUCUCGGGAAGAAAUCAUCGAAGUCUAAGUCAUCCAAAGAGAAAGAUAUCUAUAAACCUUCAAGUAAGAAGGAUGUUAUGGUGGUAUCUUCCGAGGCAUCAAUUUCUCAUCCAACUGUUAUAUCACCUCCAUCAUUUGGAAUUAGUGCUACUAAAGAAGUGUUAUCCACAAAGGAAGUAGUUAGCAUAUCAUCAAAUGAAAGGGUAAUUCUUUCAAUUGGAGACAAACAAGCCAAUGCACCAGCUCUUGUUAAUUUUGGUUCUGGCGACCAUCAUGAGAAAAUCAGGCAAACAGAAGCAGCUAUAACAGUUCAGGCUGCUGUUAGAGGCUGUCUGGCACGUACAACAUUUCAAACACUCAAAUGUAUCAUACCACUGCAAGCUCAUAUUCGCGGCCAGUUGGUUCGAAGACAAGCUGUUUCUGCUUUAUAUUGUGUGAAUGCAAUUGUUAAAUUUCAAGCAUUGGCUCGUGGUUACAAGGUUAGGCACUCUGGUAUUGGGCUUGCAGUUCAGAAAAUUUGUAAGGUUGCUAUACGUCCAAAUUCUAUUGGAGCAGUUACAUCCACACAGGCAGCAAAACUGUCUGCUAAUAUCUUUGUUAACGAGCUGCUGGCUUCAUCAACCUCUGCAGUUCUUGUGUAUCUCAAAUUUAUUCCUGGAGAACCUAACUUGUCCAGGGCGUGGCUUGAUCGCUGGACGAAAUCACACUUUUGGGCUCCUCAUCCAGAAUUGAAAAAGCCUGACUCAAUGUCCGAUAAGAAGAAUGGCACUUGUCAAACAAUUGAAACUAAUGAGGGACAAGUCAAAAGAAAUGCCAGGAAAGCAUCUGCAGUGAGGGUUGGUAAUGAUUCAGCUUCAGAUUCUAACAAAAAUAACCGGCAUCCAAGAAAGGAUUCAAAACUCCCAUUGCAUUCAGCUAAGGAACAUCCACAAAAGGAACAAGAGAAAAAGAGUUUUAAAAAAGCUCAAAUUCAAAAUGCUUUCGAUAAAUCUGAGGUUUCUAAUAAUGAGAACAGUACAAACAUGACAAGAAAAGAUUCAGAUCAUACAGUCAAUGAUAUCCCAGAGAAAUCAUCAGAGAAGAUGAAUGAUUUGACAGUUUCAAGGUCAAAACAGUUUGAUCAUACAGACAAUGAGUCAUGUAAAGAUAAUAAUGUUCUCUUGCAGCCAAUCUUAAUGAAUGUUGAAGAUGGAGGAGUCAUUGAAGACUUGAAUAUUGGUGACAGUUGUAUGAGUAAUGUAAGUUUUAAGAAUUGCCAGAGAAGAGCUUCCCUGCCUGCUAAUUUUAUGGAUCAUGAAAAUCUGUUACAUAACACUCCAAGACUUCCCAGUUACAUGGCUCCCACUGAAUCUACAAAAGCUAAGCUAAGAGGACAAGGCUCCCCGCGGUUCGCCACCGAUUUCGCAGACAAAAAUAGUAUAACCCGGCGACUUUCACUUUCAUCUUCGCUUAAUGGCAAGCUUGGUUCAUUUUCUCCACGAUCAGAUCGAUUGGCAGCCUUGAGCAGCAAAGGAAUGAUAAGGAGUGAUAGAUCUCUAUCAUCUUCAAGGGAUGGUACUGAUAAGUUGAUCCAACCUCAGUGGAGAAGGUGAUGGUACAUAAUCUUUCAGAGAUCAAAGAUGCUGCAC